GGCAUGUUAUAACGUAUCAAUUUUAAACAGUAUCAGUUGUACACUGUUGAGUGAUUUAUGGAAGCCCAAUAGUUUCAUUUAUGCAAUUUGUUUCUUAAUAUAAUGCAUUAAAAUGUCAAAAUUUCGACAACAAUAUAAAGCAAAGACUUUCGGUUUUGGGGAUGCAGCUGCAGCUCGAAUUGUUCGUACAGAAAACCACGAAAAGGCACGUAAAAAUUCCAGGUCCAAGAUUUUCACUGGAAAUAGAAAUAUUUUAAAUUCUAAAUCUAAUACAAUACAGAAUAAUGAACCAAAAGUAUCUUCUGCAUCAGGAAACCAUACAAGUCGGUUAAUGGAGUGGAAAGUAGAACGUGAGAAGUCUAAAAAGAUGGAACAAAUGCAUAAAAAACGUCCUUUUAUAGUUGGUGCUGUUCACCAUAAACUUUAUUCACCUUUAUCUACAAAUAAUGUAGUUGGAAAAAAAUUGAAUGUACCACCCAUUCCCAAAAAAGUUUCUAAAGUUACAGAAAGAAGACUAAUGCUUAAAAGUCAAUCUCAAAAAGUAUCAAAAUCUGUAGUAAAAGAUUCAAAAUCCUCCAUAGAAUGUUCAAGAGAAAAACAAUCCUUUGCUCCUAUAGAUCAAAAAGUGAAACCAUUGGAAGAACCAUUACAUCAAGAACCAUUAUUUGGUCGAUCACAAUGUAGAAUGUCAAUUAACAACUUUUGUAACAAGAAUACUGAGAACAUUAAUACAGAAACAUCUAACAAGAAUUUACCUAAAUCAAACUAUUCUGAAUUACCUAGUGAACCAGUUUUUUUUUCACCGUAUGUAGUUUCUAGUCGUGGUAAAAGCAAUGCCAGAACUGAACAGCAGAUAAAACGUGGUUUUAGUCUUAGCCGAUCAUUAAGUGAUGAGAUUCCUACAAAGGAUACUGUCAUGAAAAAUCUUAAUAUUUCAAUUGAAGAGGAAGAACGAACUGCACAAUAUUUUCAGUUUCUUCUGAAUGGAGAAGUAGAUAGAUUAAAUGAAUUAUGUAAUAAGUGGACAUUGGUGAAAGAAGAAUCAGGUAUUACAGAAGAUGGUCAGUAUCAAAUUAAUCAGGCUAUUGGACAAACACAAUUGCUCAUAAAUAAAAAGUUUGAAAGAUUUCGUGGUUUAGUUUCCGAUUGUGAAACGGGAAAAGGAGAAAUGUUAGUUACCUGUAAAGAUUUACAAGGUUUCUGGGAUAUGAUGUAUAUGGAAGUAAAAAAUUGUGAUUCACGGUUUGAUAAAUUAGAACAAUUGCGUUCAGAAGGUUGGAAAGAAGAAGAAAAUGUACCUGUUAUUACUAAAGUUACAAAAAAGAAAACAGCUACGAAGAAAAAAAUUAUGCCUAAAAAAUCCAGUUCAAUAAGAACUUUCCUAGCAGAAAGAAAAAAGAAUAUAGCAAAAGAAAUAAGUAACAAUAAUGGCACAGAAGAGCUUAAGAUCUUUGAUAACAAAUAUAAAACUAGAAGGUUUAGUAGUUCUAAUGUUAAGAAAUACACCCCUGUUAAGUAUGAUAGAACAAAAUUAAAUUUGUUGCAAAAAGUACAACUGUCAGAAACAAAAAAACAUAAAAGUCCUUUAACUAUGAUGAAAAUAAGUCAGAUGUGUAAAACACCAGAGGUUCAGUUAGACGAUACAAUUUCAUAUAUUAAUUCUGAUCAAACUCCAGGGAAGAGUAUACUGAAACAGCCAAAGAAGUCAAAUGAGAUAGGAUCCUGUAUAAAGACAUCGCAUAAAGUUAAUUUUAAUGAUACUGUAGUUUUAAAUGAAGUUCCCAUGGAUGAAGAAACACAAACAAAAAUGGAGUUAGCUGCAGCAUUAGCAAGAAUAGAUAGUCUUGAAUUUAAUAAUUCAGUUGAGGAAGAAUUAAUACAUGCAGAAAGGAAGCUUACCUUUGAUGACAAUAGCUUUGAAGAAUAUGAAGAUGUAUUUGAUAAAAAUGAGCCUUCUGGCUUGAAGAUUUCAACAAAAAAUACUAUGAGUGUACCAUCUACACAUGUAGAAACUGCAACAUCAAUUAAAAAACCUACACCAUAUCAUAGUUCAGCUACUCUUUCGCCAAGAAGAAGUUUGAGAAGACAAAGUGUUGUAAACGAAACAAUUGCAAGUAUAACACCAAAUAUUGUGCCAUCUGAAAAUGCUGUACACAAUACAGACUUAAAUGUGAUUACAAGAAAUUCACAAGAACAUAUUCUUGCAAGUGAUGAAGAAGAAGUAGAUAAACACAAUGAAAGCAUAAGAGUUCUAAGAAAUAGAAGUAUUACUUCAGUAAGUACACCAAUUCUAAGGGGGAAAUCUGGAAAGGUAUCUACAAAUAUACAACAGUCAGAACAUAAAGAGAAUAUCAAUUCAAAAAUUGAUUUAUAUAAUGACAUUAAUACCAUGAGGUCAAAUGAAAAAAGUGAUAGAAGAAAAUCGAGAAGGAAUGUUAAAUUUUCUGAUCUUGUUACAGAAGGAAAGUGUAAUAGUGAAAUAGAAAAAUCAGUACUUCCUAUGACUCCUCAUAUUAAAAAGAGUAAAUCCUUAGGAGUACUUAAUGAAAAGAAAAAAAGUAUAGGUACACAAGAUACUACAUCAUUUGAAAUAAUAGCUCCCGCACGCAUUAGGAGGUCGCAAAACAGAACAAAAUAGUUCUUGCAUUAUAAUUGAAUUAUUUAGUUAAAAAAACAUAUUAAACUAAUUUUUACUUAAAACUUAUGUUUAAUUAAAUGUUUUUAAUUAUAAGGUAUCUGUAUGCAGUACAAAACUUUUAAUUUCACUGUUUACUUUUUUGUUUGACGCUAUUGCAAUGUUUUUACAUUUGAGACUUUCAGGCAUGACUCAUGUUUUCUUCGAAAAAUUAUUACAGCGUUGAUAAACGGAUUAAUAUUAUUGAUGAGUGUGAUAAAUCAUUAUUAACAUUUGAUAUUCUAGUAAUAAUUCUUAUUGUUGCAUUUUUUAUUGGUCAUACGAUAUUAUUUAAAUGUUGAAGUUUGAGAAGUGUAAUAUUUGUAUAAUAAGAUAUAAAUAUAAGUUUAAAUGUAAUAUUUAUUCGUGUUUUAUUUAAUGCAUUAAAUAUAUGAAACUAAUUUUACGUUACGUAAUUAAUAGAGAAUAUGUUUUAUUUGAAAAUUGUAAUUGUAUAGAUGAAUUUUUAUACGAAUGAAACCAUUGUAAAUACGUAUCACGAUGUUUGAAUAACUAUGCAUUAUGGAUAUUUUUUUAAUUUUAACAUUUUGUGUUAAAUAAAUAUUUAUUGAAUUAUUCCACAUUUUAA